AUGAAGGCGAGGCGGGGCGUGCUCGAGGGGCGGCUGGGCGGCUUCGAGGAGCGGAGGAAGGGCCUCGCCGAGCGGGUCGCAAAGCUGAAGGCCGAGGCGGCCGAGUGCGAGAAGGAGCUGCAGGCGGCGAAGCGGAGAGGAAUGAGUGACGGCUCGACGUCGCGCGAGCGGCAGGCGGAGCUGCGCGAGAGUCUCGUGCGGCUGACGUCCCAGCUAUCCUCCUCCAAGGCGGAGCAGCGCGAGAGCGAGCGCGACCGAAAGUCGGCCGAGGCGCUCGACAACCUCAAGCGGCUCAUCCCGGGCACCUUCGGCCGCACGUUCGACUUGUGCAAGACGACGCACCGAAAGUACAACGCCGCGGUGACGAUCGCGAUGGGCAAGGCGAUGGAUGCGAUCGUCGUCGAGGAGGAGGGCGUGGCCAAGGAGGGGAUCAAGUACCUCAAGGCGCAAAAGUGCGCGCCCGAGACCUUCGUCCCCCUCGACUCCAUCCGCGCGAUCCCCGAGCGGCUGCGCCGGCUCGGCGGGACCAAGCGGCCGAUCCUCGACGUCAUCUCCGUCUCUGACAAGUUUGCGCCGGCGGUGCAGUACGCGGUCGGCGACACGACAGGCGAGCGGUACAAGGUCGUCACCCUCGACGGCACGCCCCGUCGACAAGGCGGCAGGCCCCUGGGAGGCACGCUCAUCAACAAGGCGGGCCUGAUGACGGGCGGCGCCAGCCACCAGGACGCCAAGCGCGCAAACAAGUGGAACGAGAAGGAGCACCAGCUGCUCAAGGCGAGGGCGGAGGAGGCGCAGCGAGAGCUCGCGUCGCUCGGCACCGCGGACCUGCAGCUGACCAGCAGCAAGGAGAAGAAGAUCAAGAAGGAGCUCGCCGACCUCGCCGCCGCCGCAAAGGCGGCCGAGGCGGAGCUGCGCUCGCUCGAGAAGAAGCGCGACUCGCGGCAGAAGGAGGUGGACGCGCUGACCACAAAGGCGAACGCGGUGGAGGACGCGGUCUUCGCCGACUUCUCCAAGUCGCUCAACCUGUCGUCUGUGCGCGAGUACGAGCAGCGCCAGCUCGUCGAGGAGCAGCAGAAGGAGGGGAGGGUGCUCGAGCUGCAGGCGCAGUACGACAAGCUCAACUCGCGGCUGCAGUUCGAGCAGCGCAAGGACUUGCCGCGCGCCAUCGAGAAGCUGCGCGCCGCCAUCGCCGCGGACGACGCCAAGCUCAAGGCCAAGCGGGCCGAGCAGGCCAAGAUCGAGGAGAAGAGCGAGACGCUGCGUGCGCAGGCGGCGACGACCGAGGCCGAGCUCGCCGCAGCCAAGGAGGAGCAGGACGCCAAGGCGAGAAAGCUCAAGAAGGAGCUCAAGUCCCUCUCCGACGAGCGGGCGCGGCUGCAGGCGCGGCAGGCGCAGCUCGAGACGGACAUCCAGCAGCUCCGCUCCUCGCGGCAGCGCACCUUCCAGACCGCGCGCCUGCAAGAGUCGUUUUCGCCAACGGGCCUGGUUGGGACGGGGACGAUCGAGGGCGGCGCGCAGGCGGAGCCAGCCGGGGAGGAGCAGGAGGAGGCGCUGCGGGCGGCCCAGCUCGACGAGACGGGGGCGGCGGCGGAGCUGCUGCGUGUGACUGGCGAGGUCGAGGGGAUGGCGCCGAACAUGAAGGCGAUCGAGCAGUUCGAGGAGGUGCAGGAGCGGCUGCACGCCGUCGAGGGCGAGUGGGACACGUCGCGGUCUGCUGCGCGGACCGUCUCGCAGCGCUUCUCCGCCGCACAGCGGGUGGAGCGCUUCAUGUCGUGCUUCUCGCACGUCUCCAAGGUGAUCGACGACAUCUACAAGGAGCUGACCAAGGUCGAGGGCGUGCCUCUGGGCGGCACCGCCUUCCUCUCGCUCGAGGACCCGUCCGAGCCGUACUUGCACGGCAUCAAGUUCACCGCCAUGCCGCCCGCCAAGCGCUUCCGCGACAUGGAGCAACUCUCCGGCGGCGAGCGCACGCUGGCGGCGCUGGCGCUGCUGUUUGCGAUGCACGACUACCGCCCGUCACCCUUCUUCGUGAUGGACGAGAUUGACGCUGCGCUCGACAACGUCAACGUGACAAGCGUCGCAAAGUUCAUCCGCGCGCGCGCCGACGAGGGCAAGCUCCAGUUCGUCGUCAUCUCGCUCAAGGACAACUUUUACGAGAAGGCGCAGGGCCUCGUCGGCAUCUACCGCGACCGAAAGCUGCAGGGCUCGAACACGGUGACCCUCGACCUCGAUGCCGUCGAGCCGCUGCCGGCCGGGGCAUGACGAGCGUGAGCCUCUCCACGCCGCAGCGGCCCGAGAGGCGGACGGAGGGUCGGCACCAGCACCGCCGCCGCCCGAGCGAGGAGUACUCGCCGUCAUGCGCACUCCGCAGUACGUUACUCACCCCUCCGGCUUGUGUCAUUGUGCGGAGGGCCGCGUCCGGGGCCCGACAGAGUCGGGAGAGCGGGUUCGGUUGUGCAACCCCAGUACAGGGUUGGGGCAAAGGCACGAGGCGCCCCUGGAGGAUGAGCGCGAGAGAGAGACUCUGUGACUGUGUGCGCCCAUAUUACACUCUUGCAUGUGUUUGUGGGUGGAAAAUACACCGGCUGUCAUACCUAGA